AUGUCAAGCACGACGCAACAUUACCAAUUCGAAGUUGUAAUGACUUGUUCUGGUUGUUCCAAUGCAGUUCAGAAAGCUCUAAAUAGAUUAGAACCAGAUGUUUCUAAUAUUGAUAUUUCAUUAGAGAAGCAAACCGUUGAUGUAGACUCGGUUCUACCAUACGAGAUGGUACUCGAGAAGAUUAAGAAGACUGGUAAAGAGGUUAAGUCGGGAAAAACCAUAUGA